CGGCGUGAUUGUUUCCACCGGAGCCGAAAUCCCGUUGGACCGUAUGAGGAUCGUGACGUGGUGAUUGGUCACUAAACCGCGUCUUGAAGAUUAUCGAGUUAGCGCAAACCACACGGCAAUUAGGCCGCUGGACGUCUGCUGUACGUACCCUGGAGUUUUAGUUUAUGUGCAAUAAUAAGUUUAUUCGGUUGUUCUCACGGGACACAAAACGGUUCGCUGCUGAUUUGUCUGGACCGUGUCUGACUGACUGCCCCCGAACAGAUCCGGCGGCAGCAUGAAGCUCUACAGCCUCAGCAUCCUCUACAAAGGGGCCACCAAAGCCAGCCUCCUCAAAGCGGCCUACGAACUGUCUUCCUUCAGCUUCUUUCAGCGCUCCAGUGUUCAGGAGUUCAUGACCUUCACCAGUGCCUUGCUUGUUGAACGAACCUCACAAGGAAGCCGUGCCUCUGUCAAAGAACAAGAGUACCUGUGCCAUGUGUAUGUGAGAAAUGACAACCUGGGUGCUGUGGUCAUCGCAGAUACUGAAUACCCACAGAGAGUCUGUUUCACAUUGCUGGACAAGGUAUUAGAGGAGUUCUCCAGGCAAGUCGACAGUAUAGACUGGCCCUCUGGUAAUCCUGAAACCAUAACCUACAAAGCCCUAGAUAAUCACCUUUAUAAAUACCAGAACCCCAGGGAAGCAGAUGCAAUGUCCAAAGUGCAGGCGGAGCUCGAUGAGACAAAGAUCAUUUUGCACAACACCAUGGAAAGUCUGUUGGAGAGAGGAGAGAAACUGGAUGAUCUUGUGACAAAGUCAGAGCACCUGGGAAACCAGUCCAAAGCCUUCUACAAGACUGCACGGAAACAGAACUCAUGCUGUGAAAUCAUGUGAUGACGCUGCCUCGUCCUUGUGGACAUACCCAUCUCUGCCUUUCUGCUUUGCCUACAUCUCCCAUCAUGCACCAGUCACCAGCUCUCAGUACAAAGGGCAGGACUGACGCCGUCUAAUCCGGAAUGGGAUGCCAGGAUGAGAGAUAGAAAUGGUGGAAGGUAUUGACCUAUCCGGAUUGUGACUGAUGGGGGUUGGUUGGGGGAAGAAGUAACAUUUGAAUUAUUUUUAACCAUUCAAAGGGUAAUCAUCUGUGCGGUGUUUCAGUACCAGCUGAGGACAUAAUAGUGUGACGUUGUGUAUCGGUGAUGUGUUGUCUUCAAACCAUUUAAUGUUAUUCAGAUUGAAUCAAAUCUUAAUAGUUUGAUCUUGAAUCUUAAAAGUUUUGAAAGAGUAUUAACAACGGUUGCGCUUCUGCUUCAUGGCAACUCGGACAAUCUCACAGUCUUAUCUUGUGAAUUCACACAGCGUGUCACUGUUUUGGUUCAGUUCUUCAAAACUUAAACUAUUUUUCUUGCAGGAAUAACCUUCGCGUCCACAAGGAGGCCCUGUUUAUUUACUUUAUUGUUCCAAUGAGCCUCAAUGUUGAGGUCAAUCUAAAAACUCUGACAGCCAAGACAGCAAGUGGCUGCUUGGACAUAUGAAAACAAAAUCUCAAAGAAUUUUACAGACUUUUUUUUUUUUUUUU